AAUUUCCCUUAUCAGCUGCGUUGGGGUGAGCUUCCGCAAUGAAACCCUAGAAAUUUUGACCAAAAAGGCUGCAUCAUGGAAUCCCUCGUUUCAUCAAGCCAAAUCUGUGCCGCACAAAUCAAGGAGUAUGGCCACUUUCUGAAGGAAUACGAUCAAACGCUGAUUCGGUUGCAACUGGCAACGCCCGGACCCGCUCCCAUUCCCAGUAUCGUCCGGUUGGAGUACCCUUGCGGCGAUGAGAAGCUACCGACGGCUCGCAUGAUCGAGAGUAGUCAUGGUACACACGGGACCAAAACGAUAGCUGCCGGUGGAGGGGCUGCCGGGAGCAGUGUUCCACUGAACAAAAUACUCGCCACCUUCGCCCAGCUGUGCCGGGAGAUUGACUGUCUGCAGUGGGAAAUCCGAUCGCUUGCGCAUACGAUCUACGAGCGCACGGAACGGAUCCGCGGGGAACAUGGCGACUCUCGACUUCCGUUGCAGUGGAUAGCGCAAAACAUCGAUCUGAUGGCCACGGUUCAGUGUCACUUCGAGCGGUUGCGUGAUGUCGGUGUACUGUUGCUACGCCAAAUCGGUGCCUUCUUCGAUGAGGAAGCCGCGUACGGACGGGGCACAAAGGCACGGACCUCUAAAAAGAACGGCCUCGAUGGCAAGUGUCCACCGUCGUUGGAUGUGGAGUAUCUCUUCGAAUACCUGGGCAAACUAUUACGGGCUGCUCACGAGUUGGAUCACAUUCUGCGGAAGACAUCGCUCGUCACUCACUGGAGAGCGUUCAGUGUGAAGCUAUGCCAACCGGCAAUCAAUCAACGCUCCCAAAGUAAGGCAGGCUUCCGUGAUCUGCUUUCGAUCUGCCAGUCACUUGGUUUUUGGAUCGGUGAUGAAACCGUGCCUGAAACGACCGGCCUCAAGCGCAUCCUCGAGGCGCUCUACAAAGUGAAAACGAAAUUCGAUCCCGUCUGUUCGGGAGAAGCAUUCAGCGAUCGGUUCAUUCGCUUUCUGAAACGUCGAUUGACUGGACUCACGGCGAAUCUUCGAAAUGCACCUGUUGGUGUUGAUUUCGGCCAAACGAACGGUGUCAUCGGGGUGAACUUGCUGCUCAACUUUGCCCUCCAUCUGUUCUUACCGAUCGAGCAGCGUAUGAUGAAGAAUCUGGUCGAGCUGAAUCUGAAGUUUCCUCUGAUCCCCCUGGAAGACAACUAUCCCUGGUUACCAGAUGAGUUCGUGCGGGAGCAGGGUCAUAAGUUGUUGCGCGAUUUCGAUGCCAGUUCCGCUCCAACCCCCGUCAGUACACCGAUCGCGGCAGCAAUAUUCGAUUACCGGAAGGCACGCGACAGUCAGCUGCAGCAGCUAGAGAAGUCUGGGACGGCCGCGAUGCUCUGCUUACAUGCAAGCAGUUGGUUGAUCGAGGCGCACGUUCAACUACGCUUCCGUGCGUACUCUCCUACGGGCGCUUCCGGAUCGGAAUCAUCCGAAGCGGCCAACUUUACGCUUGAAUCCCUACGCAUGAAGUGCAAUCUUUUGCUCGAGGGCAUCCGUUUGAUACGCGACAUGGAGUACGUACUGCGUGCGCUGUACGCACUGUACGGUGAACGGCCAUCGGAUCAAACCGAUCGACUCAUACUGCACCACCGGAUGGUGGUGGAGUUUCUUCUAUGUUCUACGCGCCGCUCGAUCAUUGUGCCCUGCCUACAGUUUAUCGUGCAGCAUCAGCAACACAAGAUCUACACCAUUAUCAGCAGUACCAAGAAAAAGUUGCUCCGUGAGGCGAAGGAAACCAAAUCGACGGCCAGUGGUUCACUGUGGCUCGAGAAACUGGCCACGAUCGAUGUCCUAGAAAAGUGUCUCCACGGGCCGGCUACCCCGGACCGGGUUGGUCUAGCACGGCUAACCGUAGCGCUUUGCCAUGGAGACGCCGCUGGUGGUUCUUCAUCUACGGCCCUGUUGCUGCUCCCGCUAUCGGACGAUGCGUACCGUAAGGUGUGUUCACUGCUUGAUCGCCUAGCAACGCUCAUCGACUGGGAAACGGAAUGCAGCCGUUCGAAUGUGGCCGCCCGGUUGCUACGAUUCGCUGGCAGUGGACUAAGUGACCGAUUGGCUUCCCCCACGAACGUGGUACCGAUGAGCAAUCGGAUCGAAACGUUCAUCCGUUGGGAUUUCCAUGGCAAGUGUCAGCAGAUCGAACCGUUCGAUCCAUUCCGCGAUCCCAAUGAUGCCGCCAGCGGUGGCGGUGACCAUGCGCAGCGCCUAGUGUUUGGUUUUCUGCGCACGAAGCUACUGCUCGAGGUGAUGGUAAUGGGUGAGCGAAAGGAAGAAUGGUUCAGUGCACGGCAUGCCGUUGGCCAGCAUCUCAGCGACGUGUUCUACACGCUGUCCACAAUUUCGCCCUCCGAGUGGCGCAUCUACCGGGAGAUGCGCACGAUCGUUGAUCGCAAGUACGGUGUACGGUUGGUGGACGAUCAACUGCCCAGGACAACGGCCGAAGAUAGGCGCGGUCCACGGGGCCACGGUCAGGAUGACGAUAUACUGGCGCUGAUGGAGGACUUUGAAUCGUUUAUCGCUUCGUACGGCUACGAUCUGCACGGUCAGUUGUUUAUCGAGCGGCAACAGGGACGUGGUGGUGGUGGUAGUGGUGGUGUUGGUGGCGGUGCAGGUCCCGGUGGUGUAGUGAACGUGGUUAAGAUUGAGCAUAUUGCAAACUCCAUCAAACGCCACGGGCCUGGCAUCAUCAGCACGGUGGUCAACUAUGCAUUCCAGUUCCUGCGCCAGAAGCUGUUUACGUUCUCGCAUUUCCUGUACGAUGAGCAGAUUCAGUCGCGCCUGGUCGCUGAUGCGAAAAAGCUGCUGGCCAGCAACGAAUCAACCGAAGGAACGGCAGCGUCUACGAAUACCGUUGGCUAUACCUACGAACGGGCACUGGCGUUCAACCGGCGCAUCCGUCAGCUCGGUCUCUCCGAUGAGGGUGAAUCGUACAUUGAUCUUUUCCGCAAAUUGAUCUGCCACAUCGGUAACGCGAUGGCUUUCGUUCGAUUGCUGCACUCGGGUGCACUUCACGAGUGCACAGGAGCAGCCGAGUUUCUCUCUCCACCGCCGGUAACGACGACAACCAAGGGCAACGAUGAUGAGCAGCAACAGGAGCACGGCCAGGACGAGACACCAGCCAUCGGUAUCUGGCGGCAAGAUGUAGCAACCGUUCGGGGUAGCUGGCGACUGGAGAACGAGUUUUUCCGCCUUCUGAUCAAUGCUUUCGAAGGGUUGCGUCGUCGUAGACGAACUUCCGGUACCGGUACCGAAGCUCCGGCCAAUGGACCGGCUGAUAGUUUCGCGCAUCUCGAACUGUUCUACCUGAUCAUACCACCACUGACGAUCAGCUACGUCGAGGCGAUGCUAAAGGCGAAGGAAACGAUCGCGAAAAAGGAUCGCCAUGGCACUUUCCUGCCAACCGACGAUGGUUUCGUGAUGGGUCUUUCGUAUCUGCUGACGCUGCUAAACCAAACGACGGCCUUCAACUCGCUGCACUGGUUCAAGGAGGUGCGCGCCAAGCACACCCGCGAGAUGGCGAAACUGAACCAACAGACGACGCACCUGUUGCAGCAACCAUCGGACAGUGCGGAGGAAAAGAUGCUACCCACGGUGGCCCUCACGCGGAAGCGACUGAACGCCAUCCAGCACGAGUUUCAGCUGCUGCAGUACAAUCUGUCCAGUUCGAAAAUAUUCUUCAAAUAACCUCCGUGUCCAUCUUUCCCCCUCCCUGGUGCCUUAUAGUGAACCAAGCCGAUCUGCAUAAAGUACGUCAAGUAUUAUCAUUUA